CUUCCGCCCUUCCACCAUAUGUCUUCCGAUUUUAGAAAAUAAACAAAACCGACCAAACCUAUUAUUUUGGGUAUUAUUAUCCAAAAAUAACAAUCUGUGAUAACAAUAAUAAUUAUUAAAUACAUAGAAUAACAUUGAGCCAGUCACGCGCGAGACAUGUUAUCAUUAUUUACAUAUUUAUUGUGAUUUCCGCGUAGGGUUAUGUGAAAAAGUCAAAGUAGUAGUAAAAAGUGAGUUUAGACAGAAGAUUACAAAUAAUGGAUUCUCCUAAGGUAUUAUCAAUUCAGAGUCAUGUUGUUUCAGGUUACGUGGGAAAUAAAAGUGCAGUUUUUCCUAUGCAGCUUUUAGGGUUUGAUGUUGAUUUUAUCAAUUCAGUUCAGUUUUCAAAUCAUACUGGAUACAAAUUUGUAAAAGGACAAGUGCUAACGGAAAAAGAAUUGGCAGAAUUGGUAACAGGUCUUACAGAAAAUAAUAUUGAUAGUUAUAGUCACUUAAUUACUGGAUACAUCGGUUCCCCUAGUUUUCUAAAAGAAAUUGCAAAUGUAUAUAGCAAAUUGAAAGAUAAAAAUCCUAACAUAAUCUAUGUUUGUGACCCUGUCCUAGGCGAUAAUGGAAAACUGUACGUUCCUCAAGAGCUUAUACCUCUAUAUCAAAAUUUAAUUGUUCCCAUUGCUACAGUUUUGACUCCAAAUCUGUUUGAGAUUGAAAUUUUAACAAACAUAAAAAUUGAAAAUAUAAAUGAUAUAUGGAAGGCAAUUGAUUUUCUACACGAGAAAGGUUGUGAAACAGUUUGUGUUUCAUCAGCAGAGUUUUCAACAAAUGAGAAUACGCUGUGUGUUUUUGGAAGUUCAAGAAAAGGUAAUCCCGUAAAAGUACAAAUUGAAAUAGAAAAAAUACCAGCUAGUUUCACUGGCACAGGCGAUUUAUUUAGUGCCCUUUUGUUAUGUUUUAUGUAUCAGACUGAAUCUAAUUUAAAGGAAUCCUUAGAGAAAACAGUAGCUGUUGUACAAGCAGUUUUGAAAAAAACUCUGGCCUAUUUAGAAGGAAAGGAAAUGGAACCAAAAAAUAAGGAACUGAAAUUAAUUCAAUGCAAGGACGAAAUCUUAAAUCCCCCUGUAAUAUACAGAGCCACAAUUAUCGAUUGAUUUUUUGUAAUAGAAGAUUGAACAUUAUAUAAUAGUAAUUGAAAGUAUUAUUAAGAGAAAAAUAUCUAUGAGACAAUAAAAAGUGGCUUCAGUAGUAGGUGUUGGUUCCUACUAACAAAUAUAAUUUUACUUAUAUUUUAUCGUUGUUUUUUAACUGUUUUUAAUUAGUUAUAGAAAUAUAUCUUGUUUUAUGAUCAAUAAAUAAAAACUGCAAAUUAA